AUGGAGAGCUCUGUGCCAGAUUAUUACCCGGAGCCGCCCAGCCUCGUUGGGACAGUGUUUGUGCGGUCCGUAUUCUUCCAUCAUUCACGCCCGGAGGUUGUUUGGGUCCACGGCCAACCGGACAAGGCUCUUUCAAAGAGCAUGACCUUGGUGAAGUCCGAAAACGGUUCGGUGGUUGCCAGUGAUACUGCUGUCUCUCUUGCUGGCCUUGUUGCUGCACACGCUCCCCAGAGUGCUGGUGCCCAGAGUGCACGUGCCCACCCUGAUUCUGAUACCCACCGCCGUAGCUGGCAGGAGCUGGCAUCUGGCCGUAUAACGGCUACUACUAAAUUGGCAAUUGUUGCCAGACUUGGGGUUGGGGAGAGGAGGAGGGUGCUAAAGCUCGCUAUAAGGGAGUUGGGGGGUAAAAAAGCGAGGGUGAGGGAGCUGAAGUCGCCUGCGGUGGUACUAGAGGAGGGGGUGCUAGCACGGCUGGCACGGCUGGUUAUUAAAUCCCUCUGGCACGAGAUUAGCGCUGGCGGGCUAGCGCUCUCCCCCCUCUCUAAGUAUCUCGCUAUAUUGCUCAGCGGGGCGGCUCAUUGCGCCUUCGAAAGCUUCCGGGUUUAUAAGGUCACGUCCCAAUACUCUACGUAUAUAAUCAGUAAGGUCCGGGUCGGGGACUGCCGCUUGACGUUGGCGGCUGAGCAAGGCAACGGGGUCUUAGAUUGCUACUAUAGAAGUUUGAGGGCAUACGGCGCCACUUUUAACUUACUAUAUUCGUUAAUCCAUAAGACAAUAGGGUAUACUUAA